CGCGUUUCCAACGAACUCGGUGCUGGGCAGCCGCACGCAGCAAUGCUAGCCGCGCGAGUUGUGGUGUGUAUGACCUUGUCGCAAGGCGUGGUGCUGGCAACGAUCAUGAUUCUUCUGCGUAGCAUUUGGGGAUAUGCAUACAGUAGCGAGAAGCAAGUAGUGGCAUACAUUGCAAGAAUGAUUCCCAUUCUUGCGGUAUCGUUCAUCGUCGAUGGCAUUAAUGGUUCUCUUUCAGGGGUAAUCACCGGAUGUGGCAAGCAGACAAUUGGCGCUCGCGUUAAUCUCGGCGCGUUUUACCUGGUUGGCAUUCCAAUGGGGGUGUUUCUUGCGUUUGUGUUCCGUCUAAAUGGAAUGGGUCUUUGGCUUGGCAUUGUGUGUGGAAGCAUCAGCAAGCUAGCGUUGCUCCUGUGGAUUACAAUGCGCACAAACUGGGAGAAUGAAGCUAUCAAGGCCAAGGAAAGGGUUCUCAGCUCGUCGGUGCAAACAAAAUGAUGGGAGUUGCUACCAUGUCACGUAAAUAUAUCAUUUGUCACAUGAAUGUGUGUCAUUUGUCAGUUCUUUAGUUGUAGAUACAUGUAUGGGGCAAGGCCAGCUGGUUUUGAUCCUCUCGAGUCUUGGAACCCUGUCACAUAUUCUGUGCCAGGAUAAGUACCGAAGAGGUAGUAACAUAGCGAUAUAUAAUCGAUCCCAAGUAUGACAAACAAAAGUAAUUGACAGCUUCUCCCACACUUUUUUGCAAAUUAAACACCAGGAAAGGGUUCUUCAUGUUAAUAUACAUGAAAUUGAGUACUUCUAAAUGCAAUGAAACUGGCCCUUGGUUAGGUGACUCCUAUUAUACUAGUGUAUUCCGGAAGAUGUUUAAGCCCACUAGCUAUCCAGAGAGCCCAGCUGCAGCCGCGUUCCGUUCUGUUUACACGACACAUGCUGCUGCGCGCCUACGUUUCGUAGGUCUUGUUUAGGCCUAGUUUAGUUUCCAAAUUAAGAGUGGUAAAAUUUACAU